UGGUUCAUUUUAAUAUUUCCUUUUACUAAAAGUGAUUUGAAAAUCAAACCUGAAGCAACAAGCUGAAAAGAAUCUGCAUAUUUUAAAGACAUAGAUGUUUUAAUUUAAUUCAGUCUAAUGAACAGUUUUGAUUAAAACCCGGUCUGAACCGUUUCCUGCUGCUCCGUCAGAGCAGCGACAGGGAGGCGGAUGAUGCAGCAGCAGCUGCAGCAGCUGCUGCAGCAGCGGGAACCCGCUGGGUGACAGGAAUCUGUUACCUGCAGCGGACAGAGCGCAGCGCUGAGGUGAGUCCACUGUGGCUCAGUCUGCGACCACACACCGAACCAACCGGCUCCCCUCGAACCGGAACCUCCGGACUCACCAGCUGUCACUUGUUUCUGUCCUCUGAGGUUUUUUCUUCUUCUUUGGACCGAAUUGUCUCUGAUUCUGGGAGACAAACGGAGGAAAUCUGCAGAUUUUCUGGUUUAUUUUUCAGUCAGACUUCAGAGGAUGGAGUUUCAGAGAGGAGUUUAAAUUCUUAGAUCUGCUUCUCUUUGGUGAUUAAAUGGAAAACUACACGGUGUCGAGUAAUUUCACCCAAGUUCUCUCCGAACUGGACGGGAUGGGUGGUGAGGAAGAGGAGGAAGAGGAGGAAGGCGUCAGAGGGAACGGACUGCGCGUCCUGAUUGGCUGCAUCCUCUUCCUGCUCAUCGUGUCCACGCUGCUCGGGAACACGCUGGUCUGCGCCGCCGUCAUCAAGUUCCGCCACCUGCGGUCCAAAGUCACCAACUUCUUCGUGAUCUCGCUGGCCGUGUCCGACCUGUUCGUGGCCGUGCUGGUGAUGCCGUGGGAGGCCGUGACCGAGGUGACCGACAGCUGGCUGUUCGGAGGCUUCUGCGACGUGUGGAUCACCUUCGACAUCAUGUGCUCCACGGCCUCCAUCCUCAACCUGUGCAUCAUCAGCGUGGACCGCUACUGGGCCAUCGCCAGCCCCUUCAAGUACGAGCGGAAAAUGACGCACCGAGUGGCUUUCGUCAUGAUCGGGGUGGCGUGGACGCUGUCCAUCCUCAUCUCCCUCAUUCCGGUGCAGAUGAACUGGCACAGGGCUCAGGAGGAGGACGGCGCGGUGAUGGAGGACGUGGCGGCCAUAUUGGACAGGAACUGGACAAACUCCACCAACCUGACCGGAAGCGCGUCGGCAUCCAUGAGCUGCGUGGCCAACCUGAACAAAACCUACGCCAUCUCCUCCUCCCUCAUCAGCUUCUACAUCCCGGUUCUGAUCAUGAUCGCCACUUACACCCGGAUCUACCGGAUCGCUCAGACCCAAAUCCGCAGAAUCGCGUCUUUGGAGCGGGCGGCGGAGCAGGCUCAGAACCAGGGCCACGGUGUGGCCCGGAACCAGCAGCAGCACCGGGCCGCCGACGAGGCGUCGCUCAAGUCUUCGUUCAAGAAGGAGACCAAAGUUCUGAAGACGCUGUCGAUCAUCAUGGGGGUGUUCGUGUUCUGCUGGUUGCCGUUCUUCGUCCUGAACUGCACCGUCCCGUUCUGCGACCCGCCGUGCGUCAGCGACACCACCUUCACCGUGUUCGUCUGGUUCGGCUGGGCCAACUCCUCCCUCAACCCGGUCAUCUACGCCUUCAACGCGGACUUCCGCCGGGCCUUCGCCACCAUCCUGGGCUGCAACCGCAUCUGCUCCAACAACGCGGUGGAAGCUGUGAACUUCAGCAACGAGCUCGUCUCCUACCACCACGACACCACCUUCCACAAGGAGGCGCUGGUUCCCGCGCAGCCGCAGCAGCGGCCCCGCAACCUGAGCAUGACCCUGGACGACCGCCUGGAGGACAUGAGCGCCCGGUUCGACGAGGAGUCCAACAUCUCCAUCGGUUCUCCGAGCCACGACAGGCUGCUGCUGCUUCCGGCCGCCGUCCAGCUGGAGGACAACGCGGAGAUUUCUCUGGCAACGAUCACACCCAUGACGUCAGCAGCAGAACUGGACAACGAGGUGUUCAUACCAGGACAGGUCCAGCAGGACGGGUAGGACCGAGCAGAACUCGGCCGGAACUCAUCAGUCCAGGGUAGCAUUGACACUGAUUUGUUUCACCAGAUCUGAUUUCUGAUUUUAACUGAUUAUUUUCUUACUUUCUUUUCUCAAGAAGAAAUUGCAAAUGUCAAAAUAUUUUCAAACUGUGGCUUUGAUUUCAGCCAUCCGUCCAUGACUGAGUGUUUGGGAUAUAAGGAGAAUAUAAUCAUAAAAUUAGCAGAAUAAAGACAAUUUUACCAGAGAGAAAAAGCUUUGAUAGUUACAUUCUGACGUGAACAAAUCCAUUCAACUGGUUGUUUGUUUGGUUGAUCAUUUAAAACUCCUGAUAAUAAUUUAAUUCUAAUGUGUUAAAAAUGUGUCUAUUAAAUAUUAUAUGUAAAACUUAUAGCAGUCACUUCACCAGGUGCUCAACAUUCCCCGGCUUUAAUUUUCUUGUUGCGGUUCUCAUAUAAUUACUAUUUUAUCCUCACAUUAUUUCAGACUCUGUUGUCUUAUGACUGAAUUCUUAUAAUAUUAUGACUUUAUUCUCUUCGUUAAAAAUAAAACAUCUUAGUCUGACCCUAAUAUUUAGUUUACCUGAAUUCAAAGCUGUAAAACAUGUUUGUCAAACAAGAUGGCCGCCCCAGGUGAGCCGACAUCUCUGAGCUGUGGAAACCCGACGAGAGCAGGGCGGAAAAAAUCCAGGUUUUCCAAAAAAUAAAUAUCCAGAAACCAGAAAUGUGAUUAAUCAAUAAAAUUGAUUCAUGACCCCGUCCUGCUGGUCAUCAUGAGAUGAACGGAAAUAUUGUGAAAAAAAACCAAACCGUUUUUAUUCAGGAUUAAAAUGUAUCUGGUUUUUGUUCGAUACAGGACAAAGCAGAGCACUACUGUCCUGCAGUUUUUAUCAGCAGGAUUACAUUUAAUGUUAUUUAUUCCAAGGAGCUCAAUCAGCUCCUUUGUUAAAUGUAAACAUGUAUUUCCUCUCUGGUGUUUGUAAAAAGUUGUUUUCCUCUUUGGACUCGUUCCUCUGUGUCUGUAGCGUCUCAUUGUGUUUUACCUUCAUGAAUUCAGACGUGAAACAUCCUCCACAUCCACAGGAGAUGCUUGUAGAAACGUGAGUCUUCAGUGUUUAGCAGGUGAAUGUCUGGAGGAAUAAAAAGUGGAGCGUGUGGUUUAAGGACCAGCAGCAGCUGAACUCGGCCGGAUUGAUCAGAUCAUCAUCGUUCACCUUCAGCAUCAUUUCACUGACAUUUUUCUUGGAACCUUUUCAAUGUUAAGCUGCUGGAGAAUCUUUGAAUUCAGUGUUACAAUAAAGGAAGGCUGAACUGA